AUGCCCCCCGAGCUCCUCGAGGCUGGGGAGGCCUUCGCCGCGCUGGGUGACGAGGAGGACGACGCGGGCGGGCCCGAGCCGCGGGCGGGUCGCGCCCCAGCCGUCCGCGUCGGCGCCCCGGCCUACCGGGACUGCCGCGGCGCGCAGGCGAGCCGGGAGGCGCCCCUGCUGGCGCGGACGCCCGCCGCCCCGCCGUACAGGGACUGCCGCGCCGUGGAGGCAGGCCAGGAGCCUCUGCCCGCGCGCGCGCGGGAGGCGCCCCUGCCGCCGCCA